AUGUACAGAAGCUGCCUUUUGGAAAAAGAAGCAGGCAUGUACGUGGGCACUCUCAGGAGCCCCGCGGGAGGCAGCACCGCCGGGACUAGCGGCACUGGGAGUGGUGGGAGUCCCCUGCCAGCCUCCAACUUCACUGCGGCCCCUGCCUAUGCGCACUACAUGGGGUAUCCCCAUAUGCCCAGCAUGGAUCCUCACGGGCCGUCGCUGGGGGUAUGGAGUUCACCGUAUAGUCCCCCUCGAGAAGACUGGACUGUGUACCCCGGGCCAUCCAGUACAAUGGGCACAGUACCCAUGAACGACAUGACCUCGAGCCCUUCCACUUUUGGCUCUCAGGAAUACAGCAACUUGGGCCCUGCGGGCGGGGGAAGCAGCAAUGGCAGCCUGCCAGCCCCAGCCAGCGGGUCACUGUUCCCCAUAGACCCCGACGCCCCGGAUGCCACUUCUCCCAACAGAAGCCGCCACAGCCCUUAUGCGUGGAUGCGCAAGACAGUGCAGGUGACCGGGAAAACCAGGACAAAAGAAAAGUAUCGUGUGGUUUACACAGAUCAUCAAAGACUGGAGCUAGAGAAGGAAUUCCACUGCAAUAGAUACAUCACCAUUCGGAGAAAAUCAGAACUGGCAGUCAACCUGGGUCUUUCUGAAAGACAGGUGAAAAUCUGGUUUCAGAAUCGCAGAGCCAAGGAAAGAAAGAUGAUCAAAAAGAAAAUCUCCCAGUUUGAGAACAGUGGAGGCUCAGUACAAAGUGAUUCUGGCUCCAUCAGCCCUGGGGAACUACCUAACGCUUUUUCCACCACCUCAUCUGCUGUUCAUAGAUUUCAGCCUAUUGAGAUACAGCAGGUCAUAGUCUCUGAAUGA